AUGUUUGUCCUGCGUAAUGUCAGCAAACUCAUCUUCGGCGCCGGUGGCCAGGAGUCUAUGAUCGAGCUCCCCCAGGGCCAACUCUACCUCGUCCGACCCCUCUCGCCCAAGGGCUACUCCGAACUCAUCUUCAAGGAUGCCUCUGCCCGCAUCCGCAGAACCGGCCAGGAUUUCCAGUAUCAGCUAGUCGUCCAACGAGUGUUCGAGGAAGGCGAGGAGGACCUCCUGGCCGAGGAAGAGGGCGAGGACGCCGAGAUCGACGCCCUUGCAUCAGACCGCGACGAAAAAACAUUCCUCCUUGACGAGGCCAUCCACUUCCGCGUCAAGAACCGAGAAACCUCGCGCGAGAAGGUGCUGUGCUGGAAAGACCUGAGCGGUGACGCCGGCGACGUCUUCGAGUUUGUGUGUGACCCAGCCGCCGCUGGCCAGCAGAUCGACCAGUUCGAGCUUGUGGCAAAGCAGUGUCAGUACGAACGCAAGUACCGCAAGCCCUUCACGACCGCUUCCGACCAAGACCUGCAGCAGUUCGAAUUCGACGAGCAGCCUAUACCCCAAGCAAGCCCUCUCCACAGUCCCACGCUCGCACGGUCCAUUGACUCGGUCGAACAAAUGUCUCUGAACAAACGCCCAGCUACUACUAAUAUCGGCGUCAAGAGGGGCAAGCAACCGUCUGAAGAGGAGGAGGUCAAUGAGGCGCCUGCUCAGACAAGAAGCACCUCCCCUCCGAAAUUCGAUACCGCCCCCGAGCCGACUGAGCUGCUGGUUGCCGAGACCGCCGAGCUCCAUUUCUUCGACUUCCCAUCCGGUGCCUUCGUCCUGCAGGAUGCCUCUGUCACUGCCACGGUGACUGAGAUUGGAAACUGGAAAUACUGGCUCAACGUUGAGGGCAAGGAUCGCAGCUGGCUCGGUAUCCCAGUCAUUGCCGACAUCAACCCCGUGUUCAAUUUCGAGUUCUUGUCCUUCAUCUUCAACCAGUUCUCCAAUGAUGGCUCUGCCUACUCUUGGCUAUUACGGUUCAAGGACCAAGCACAACUCGAGCGUUUCCAGGAAGGCUUACUCCGGGCACUCUGGGAGCAGCUGAACGAGAUAAAGUGGACCAAGGUCAAGGAGACAGAGCGCGAUUACGUCACCGAUGCCUUUGCCGAUCUUGCAAUGGAGGACGCCGAAGCCGCGGAUGCCGAGCCUGAGGAGGAGGAGCAUACCGAGGAGGAAGAAGAGGAGGAGGAGGAGGAUGACAGCCCUCGCAGCGAGCACUACGACAGCGAUGAAGACGAGGACGAUGUCGCAGUGAAGCCAAACGACAAGGAGACCAACAAGGCCAUCGCUGUUGGAUACAAGCAUGACCGGUCAUUUGUUGUUCGCGGCUCCAAGAUCGGUGUCUUCAGGCAUACACCCAACAACAAGCUCGAGUUCAGCACCACCAUCUCCAAGGUCGAGACUCCGGGUGGCAAGCUGUUCACGCCCAAGAAAGUGAUGCUGCACAAUGAGGACAACAACAUGAUCUUGCAAAAUGACAGCGACCCCAACAAGCUGUACCGCAUGGACCUCGAGUACGGAAAGGUUGUCGACGAGUGGAAGAUCCACGACGAUAUACCCGCCAUCACAUUUGCCCCGGAGAACAAGUUCGCACAGAUGACGUCUGAGCCAACAUUCCUUGGAAUCAGCCGCAACGCUCUGUACCGUGUCGACCCCAGAUUGUCAGGCAACAAGCUCGUUGACUCCCAACUGAAGCAGUACGUGUCCAAGAACGACUUCUCGUCGGUCGCAACGACGGAGAAGGGCCACAUCGCCGUAGCUUCGAACAAGGGUGACAUCCGUCUGUUUGACCGACUGGGCAUCAAUGCCAAGACGCACAUUCCCGCCCUUGGCGAGCCCAUCAUCGGCCUCGAUGUCUCCGCCGAUGGUCGUUGGGUGCUGGCAACAUGCCGCACGUACCUGCUCCUGAUCGACGCGCAGCAGAAGUCGGGCAAGAACGAGGGCAAGCUCGGCUUCGAGAAGUCCUUCGCAGCCGACGCGAAGCCGCAGCCGCGCCGGCUGGCCCUGACACCCGAGCACGUCGCCCAGUUCGCCUACGAGACUGGCAAGGGGGUAUCCUUCACGCCGGCCAAGUUCAACGCCGGCCAGAACUCGGAGGAGACCUCGAUCAUCUCGGCCACGGGCCCCUACGUGAUCGAGUGGAACCUCAAGAGGACCCUGCGGGGCCAGAAGGCGCCGUACAUGAUCAAGCGGUACGCCGACACGGUCAAGGCGGACGACUUCAGGUUCGGGAGCGACCGCAACGUCAUCUACGCGCUGCCCAACGAGGUCAACAUGCUCCAGAAGGAGAAGCUCAAGCGGCCCACGCGCGAGAGCAUCGCCGGCCCGAGUGUCAGGCGCAGUGCUGCUGCAUACUCCACGCCCAGGCGCGGUGGCCCCGUGGACCGACUUAAGAAGGAGGACAUUGUCAACUCUCCCUACUAG